AUGAGCGCGAAGUCCUCCGCUGAGACACCCGAUGCAUGGGAAGAUGACUGGGAAAGACAAGCCGAUACCUUAGCGUCCGACCCCACCCCGCCUCCACCGGAAAAGAAAGUAUCCUCCAAAGUGACCAAAGCACAGCGCAGGGCGCAGCAAGCGGAAUUUAACCGGCAACUAUGGGCGGAAGCUGAAACUCCGCAAACGUUCCAUUUCCUGGAAUCGCGCUCUGCUGUCCCUCUCAAGCAGGAGUUCAAACCGACAGUGACUCUUUUGAGUCGUAAUCCGCACCCUUCUCGGCAAUCAUCGUCUGUCAACGCCGCAGCCGUUGGUCUUGGACGGCUGGCUUUGAACGGUGAUAAUAAUGACGAUUCGGACGAUGACAAUAAACCACCUGAGCCUACUCCCGAGGAACGUCAAGCCAUUGCGCUGCGUAAUCGGGAAGAGAAGCAACGCAAGUACGAAGAAGUACGUGAGAGAUUGUUCGGGAGCCCCUCCGGCACUACAUCAGGCGCAUCGUCACCGCGCAGCGGGACCCCGCCAAAACACGAGGGUAGAGGGAAAGGAAGAAGCCGUGGUAAUGGAAGAGACAACAACCGAGACAAGAGAGAUUCUUCGGCAGCGCCCGGAAAAUCUAAACAGCUCUACGAUCCCGAUUCUCCUAAGCCAAGUUAUGUACAGAGGAAAGAGAAGCAACCGACCAAUGACCAGCAAUCUCCCCGGCAGCCCAUCCGCAGCCCUCGAGGCCCGGACAGCAGUGGUAGAGGCGGUUUUCGGUUCAACAGAGGCGCUAGAUCGACAUAA